AUGGCAACAUCCAGAGAGCCGAUCAACACAUUGGCCUACGUUGCCGAACACGUACAAACCUUCCCCGAAAAGACGAUCAAGACAGAAAGCCUAGAUGCAUCCGACCCUGAGACCGACACAAGCAAUGCCCGACCCGAGUUUGAGAAGAAACUAUUGAGAAAGAUUGACCUCUGGCUCGUGGGUUUCUACUCCCUCGUCUACGUCUUUCGAGUCAUCGACAGUGCGAAUUACUCCAACGCCGCCAUCAUCAACCUCGAGGCCGGUACCGGCAUCAAGAAGCAGCUUGGACUCAACCCAUCACAAUGGGCUUGGACGCUUUCAAUCUUCUCAUACAGCUAUCUCAUCUUUGAGCCCACCAAUACGAUCUUGCUGAAGCUUUUCAGGCCCUCGAGAUGGAUGUUCAUCUUAAUCAUGGCAUGGGGUGUGUCUGCGUGCUGCUCCGCCGCGGCAAACAACUUCUCGGGCAUGAUGUGUGUCCGCUUCGCGAUCGGCAUGGCUGAAGCGGGCUUCUUCCCAUCGGUCUUGUAUCACUACGCGUUCUGGUACAAGCCCGAGGAGAUGCCGCAGCGUAUCGCCUUCUUUUACUCCGUGGGACAGGUUUCCAGUGCGCUGUCUGGAUUGCUGGCCUAUGCCAUCUCGUAUAUGGACCAGCUCGGCAACGUGUCCGGGUGGCGGUGGCUGUUCAUUCUAGAAGGACUGCCGGCUAUAUUCCUUGCGUUCUUUGCGUUUUGGUUGCCCGACUAUCCAGAGUCGGCCAAAAUGUUGACUGAAGAGGAGCGGUUGUACAUGAAGCAGAGACUUGCUAGCUCUGUGCCCAAGGGAGAAGCGAGUUGGGACUUCAAGUCUUUGAAGGCCAUGGCCCGGGACCCGACUCUUUACACAUUCAGCUUGUACUGGAUCUGCCAUGGCAUCGGAGGGUUCGGGGUCGGGUUUGCCUUGCCGACUGUCAUCUACCAGCUGGGCUUCACGACUACGGCAUAUUCUCAGUUGAUGAACAUUGUAAGCACGCGUCUGAUCUUAAUUAUGUCGAGGGAGUCCGACUGA